AUGUCCAACGAGCAGGCCGAAAAUACUGCCGAGAAAGUAGGCCAGCCGCCGCAGCAGCAGCAGCAGCAGGGAGAAGUUAAUGGGAAAGCCAAGCAUGACUCCAGCAGGAAGGAGAGGCCCCAGAAGAGAGGUGGUGGCGGGCGCUACGAACCCUAUGGAAAUGUGAACAAAAGAUACCGUGUCUUUGUCAGCAACAUCCCAUAUGAUGUGAAAUGGCAAGCCCUCAAAGACCUGAUGAAAGAAAAAGUGGGUGAGGUAACGUACGUGGAACACUUAAUGGACGCAGAAGGCAAAUCGAGGGGUUGCGCUGUUGUUGAGUUUAGGACUGAGGAGCUAAUGAAGAAAGCAGUGGAGAAGGUCAACAAGCACAACCUCAAUGGACGACCCCUAAAAGUGAAAGAGGACCCUGAUGGUGUUAUUGCUCAGAGAGAAAUCAACAAGGCUCAAGGUGGAGGCCCACCAGGGGGCCAUGGGGGAAUGGGAGGAAUGGGUGGAAUGGAUCGUAUGAACAUGGAUCGAAUGGGGCCUGGACCAAAUGGCCCAGGAAUGGUCAACAUUCCUCCUAGCCUGAUGAACAACCCCAACAUCCCCAAUGAGAUCAUCCAUGGUCUCCAGGCUGGCAGGAUUGGAAGCACUGUGUUUGUGGCUAAUCUUGACUACAAAGUGGGCUGGAAGAAGCUGAAAGAGGUAUUCAGCAUGGCGGGCAUGGUGGUGAGAGCAGACAUUCUGGAGGACAAGGAUGGGAAAAGCAGAGGCAUGGGCACAGUGACGUUUGAUAUGCCCCUUGAAGCAGUCCAAGCUGUCUCUAUGUUCAAUGGACAGCUGUUAUUCAACAGAGUCAUGCAUGUCAAACUGGAUGAGAAAUCCCUGCCCAAAGACUUUGGACCUCCUGACAGAGGAGCUUCUGCUCUUCCCCGUGGCCUGAGUGGUAUUGGUUUGGGCCUGGGACCUGGUGGCCAGCCCAUUGAUGCUACCCAACUCAACAGAGGAGGAGGAGGAGGAGGUGGUGGUGGAGGAAUGGGCAACAUGGGACCCGGAGGAAUGGAUGGAAUGGGCUUUGGCAACAUGGGAGGUCGUAUGGGGGGAGGAGGAGGAGGAGGAGGAGGAAUGGACAACUUUGGAGGAAUGAACAACAUGGAACGUUUUGGUUCUUCAGGGAUGGGCAGGAUGAAUGAGAUGGACCGUGGGAUUGGUGGUGCUUUUGACAGGGAGUUUGGGCGAAAUGAAAUGGGAAUGUCUCGCAAUAAUUUUGGAGACUCCUUUGAGAGAGGAAUGGGAAACUCCCUGGGUAUGGAUCGCAUGAGCUCUGGAAUGGACCGCCUGGGAACCAGCAUGGACCGCAUGGCAGGGAUGGACCGGAUGGGCAUGGACAGGAUGGACCGCGUGUCUGACCUGGACAGGCUGGGUUCUGGGUUUGACCGGAUGGGCUCGGGAAUGGACCGGCUGGGGCCCAGUAUGGACAGGCUUGGACCUGGCCUGGACCGUAUGAGCUCCAGCAUGGAACGCCUCGGCCCAGCUGGGUUUGACCGCUUAGGCCCAUCUGGUUUGGAUCGCAUGGGUUCUGGCCUGGACUUUGGUUCCCCAAUGGGUAUGGAUCGCAUGGGCAACACCGGGCUUGACAGAAUGGCCACCAGCUUCGACCGCAUCAGCUCCACUGGAGGACUUGACCGCUUCCCCUCCGGUGGCCUCGACCGCAUGAGCUCUGGCAUGGAUCGCAUGGGGUCUGGAGGUGUUGGCGGUCAGUUUGAUCGUUCUGCUGACUUGGAUCGUGGAUUUGGUGGCAACUCCUUUGGAGGAGCUGGAGGGCCUGGAACCGGAGGAGGCAAUGUCAGGAAGGGAUGCCAGAUCUUUGUCAGAAAUCUGCCAUUUGACUUCACCUGGAAGAUGCUGAAGGAUACCUUCAAUACAUGCGGCAUGGUUCAGUAUGCUGAUAUUAAGAUGGAGAACGGCAAGUCCAAGGGCUGCGGUGUGGUUCGCUUCGACAACCCGGAAACUGCUGAGCGCGUCUGCCGGACCAUGAAUGGCUAUAGGCUGAAUGGAAGAGAAAUUGAUGUUAGGAUUGAUAGAAAUGCAUAAGUCAUUCGUGUGCAUUACAUCAGACAUUUCAUUUAGUCUCUAAUGUCUAAACGCUCUGUAUCAUCUGAAUUGCCCUUCAGCAUAUUCAUAUUCACUUGGUUUGUUAGAUAUUCGUACCGGUGCAAAUGUUGUUUUAGUUAUUUGUAACAGUGAACGUGUUUUAGUUCUUGCUUAAAUUUUACUUUUUUUAGAGACCAAAUUUUUAAUUUUUUUUUUUGUCAUGCUUCACUUGUCAUUGCCUUUGUUCUAUAAGGUGUUUUGAUAAAUAAACCUUAAUAUCUGAAA